CAAUAUGGCGGAUGUAUCAACUACGGGGAGAGAAAAUUUUUUGUUAUUUCUAUAGGCUUGCAUUAAUAUAAAAAUGACACGUGAACGUCUGAUUUUCUACGAUUAAUGUCAGUAGAAUAUAUUUCAAUUAAUUUGUCAUCGGAACUAAGCACAGAAAGAUGUUACCGGUGAUCUUUACACUGAGGUAAACUAGAUGUCGAGAAACGACUUUCGUCCAAAGACGUUGAAAUUUGCGAGAAAUAAUCCAACUUUGAGAAGUCUGAUGGCUGAUUCUCAGAAGUUGAAGCUCAAUCACUCCAUAAUAUCGAUUUCUAAUGGUGGGAGCGGAGGAAAUUCAGACGGCCGCAAAGAGCUUGUUGUCCUGGGAAUCGCUCUAGAUUCACUUCCGAAGUCAGCCCAGUUCUUUGUUUGUUGUGGUGGAGUUUUCGUAUUUUAUCUGAUAUAUGGAUAUGUUCAGGUAAGUAAUGAGACAAUAUGUCUGUAUAACCCCAUAUUUUAUUAUGCAUACAGUUUUUUUUUAUUUUUUUUUAUUUUUUUAUUUUUUAAUGAAGAAAACAGAGCAGUAAACAAUAGUUCACCUCUGGGACGAAUGCUUUGUUUAAGAACACGAUAGGGUUUUUAGUGAAAUCUUUCCGAGGAAUGACAUUAGGUGCUAAACUUAUGUAGAGAGAGAUGAUUUUUUCUACUUAUCACGAGCGUGGGACAAAGUGUUACAGCAUCGGAACGCGGAAUCCGAAGGUCUGAGAUUCGAUUCCUCAUGGGGACUCAGAAUAUUUUCUCGCUCUUACGCUCGUGACAAGACGAAAAAACAUCUUUCUCUAUUUUCUUACCGAGCUCAAAACUUGCCAUCUCUUUUAUUCUUUUUGAUAUUAUCUAGUUCUAAUUUGGAAAUUGAGGCUUUACCAAAAACUCUCUAACAAAUCUUUUAAUCAGCUUCUAAUCAUCUUUUAGUAAUCCUUUGACUUUGCGAUACGCCUUGCCUCUUGCUACCAAGUCACCUCUUUGUCACCCCUCUUUUCCUUUUUUUACAAUUUCCCCCCCCUCCCUCUCCCUCAAUAAAAUGCCUCAUUCUCUAAUAAGGUCUAAAAAUAUUUGGUCACAAAACCAUGAAAACUGUGCUCUCAUCAGGAGAUAAAUUGUAUGCCAUAGUUCCCUUUCCCUUCCCCCAGACUGGGACAUGGUCAUGGUAAAAAUAUAAUGAUUUCACCUCAUUGACAAUACAAAAUGAAAAUGAGGAUAAAAAAAAAUAAUUAUUGAAAUACCAUCUAGGAAGUUUGUACAGUGACAAUAUUUUCCAAGAUUUAAAAGAAUGGAAUGCAUAUUUGACCAGUAACAGGUUUAGAUGUGUGAAUUGACUACAUUUUCAGAAUUGUUGGAAGGUUCAUGCACACUUUGUGGAAUGCUUGAGACAUAUCAGAAUAAUGCCAUGUUGCUUGUAAUGUUACAAACAGCAUGGUGUCCACAGCAAACUGACCUUCCACUACUUUCCUUCAAUUUUGAAACUUAUUGACAGUCUUGAGUUCUGAUCCUUUAGAAUUUAGAGACCAACUGUUUUCUUAUUUCUUAAACAGGAAUGGAUCUUUAGAACAGGAAUGAAACCAUUUGGUUGGUAUCUCACUCUUGUCCAGUUUGCUUGGUAUUCAAUAUUUGGAAUAUUUGAAACCAGCUUUAAAAAAGACAAAACGAGAAAGUAAGUAUAAGGAGUUAUUACCCUUUAGCCUUGAAUAAAUGAAGGUAUCUGAACAGCAAGCAGUUACUGAAUUCAGUUUUGCUUGAUUUCAUGAAUUAGCAAAACUGAGGUCCAAGGUUAUAGCCUUGAAUAAAUGAAGGUAUCUGAACAUCAAGCAGUUAUUGAAUUCAGUUUUGCUUGAUUUCAUGAAUUAGCAAAACUGAGGUCCAAGGUUAUCUGUCGAAGCAAAGGCUCGGUUAGACAACUCGGACACAAGGUUUGAUAAUUCAUGAUAUUAUGCAAAAACCAAAUUCAAAACUUAUUUUAUUAUACAUUUUUUUAAAAACAACACCUCUUUCUGAGUUUGCAAAAGGUUGAGGACUCUACAUGGCCAAAGGGCUUGGAAACUAGGCAGUCUUUGAACUUGACUUAUUCCACGUAUCAUUCCAACGUCUAAUGCUAAAUAUUGUAUAUUUGAUUGAAUGCUCUCAACCAACAAAUUUUUCAUAUUGAGUCUUAAAUGUACGAUAAUAUUGGAUCAAUAUCAGUAUCUGGGCAACUGCCCACCUACCCCUCCCCUAACCCAACAUUAACCCUAACUUGUUAUCAAUUGACUGUUGUUGAGUUAGGGGAGGGGUAGGUGGGCAGUUACCCAGAUACUGAUAUUGAUCCAUAAUAUUUAUCCUUGUCCUCUUCUUGUUGGCAGAAUUCCUCUGAAGACAUAUUCACUUUUAGCAUUCUUGACUGUGGCCACAAUGGGACUCUCCAAUACAUCUCUUAGCUAUUUAAAUUAUCCUACCCAGGUACAGGAAUCAUAAUGAAUUUAAAAAUAAAAAUAAUUUUAAGUUUCAUUGUCUCUAUAUUUUAUUAACUCCUUAACCCUUUAACUCCCAGAAGUGAUCAACCUGUCACUUCUCCCCAGAGUAUCCUUACAUUAUCCAGCAAACAAGCAGUGAGAAUACUCAAACUUAUCAGGUACAGGAUAUUAUCUUGAUCAAAUACCAAAUUCUCAUAACCAAUUUACAAGGAAAUGUGUGGCAGGUAGUGAGGAGAAUUAAUAAUCGGAUCUUGGGAGUUAAAGAUUAACAUAAUUCACUUCAAAUUGAGAAUCAUUAAGCAAGAUAAUUUCCAAUUUCUCUGUGAUGAAACCACUAAUUUCAGGCAUUAUUGAAACAGUGCAGAGUAACCCUUUGUCCUCUAAGGGUGAUAAGCAUCUGAUUUCUCCUUACAAUAUCACCACCAAAUCACACAUUAAGGUUACAAGAAUAAAGGAAAUGAUCACCAACUAAGGAAGCUCUUAAUUGUUGAUUAAAACAAAUUCUCCUUGUCAGCAGCUUAGGAAAUGCACAGAGAACAGUGUGGAGAAUAUGCAUACUGAUGUUAGGGUGUAAAGGGCUAGAUUAAGUAAAUCUAAUUUAUUAAAUUGAGAAACUAUUGGCUCAAACUUUUCUAAAUUUGCCCCUGAUAAUUUUCAUUGAUUUCAGGUCAUUUUUAAAUGUUGUAAGUUAAUUCCAGUGAUGGUUGGAGGCAUUAUUAUACAAGGUAAUAAUGAAUUGUGAUUGAUAAAAUGUUGCCUGGAAUUGAGAUAUAACUAUAAGACAGUUGCUUUAGCCAUCAUUUUACAAAGACUUUUCUGAAAAAUAUUUUCAGUAGUUAUGAUGUAAUUAGGCUCCAUUUCAGAAUAAAUUGCAAUGCUUUAAUUCGAAGAAGACUGCUUAGAAAGUUUUUCUUUGUCUGUAGGAAAAUCCUACAGACUCCUUGAUUUUCUGGCUUGCCUGAGUAUGAGCAUUGGCUUAAUACUCUUCACCUUAGCAGACAGCACUGUCCAACCAGAGUUCAACCAUACUGGUAAGCUGUAGCUUCCAUAUCUCAUUUGCUCGGAAGAUUGGGCACCACUUCCCAUGUCAUCAACCAAAAAUAAAUAAUGAUAAUCAUAAUUAUUAUUAUUAUUAUUAUUAUUAUUAUUAUUAUUUUCUAACAAUCUUUAUCUAUAAGGCAAUUCAUUAUCUGGGUUAUUUAUAGUGAAAUAAAGAGGAUGCCUGCUUUGAAAAGUUUCUUUUUCUUAGGGGUAGUUUUGAUCUCAAUGGCCCUGUGUGCUGAUGCUGUUAUUGGGAAUGUACAAGAGAAGGCCAUGAAGGCACACAAGAGCUCAAACACAGAAGUGGUAAGUGUACACAUUUAUUUGCAAAGACCCAUUUUUCAAGAUAAUUUGGUUGUAACAAAAAUCUGACAAAUUAUGAGAAAUUGGUGUUUGAUGAAGAUUACAAUUUCUACCUGAUAAGUUCGUGUAUUCUCGUUACCUUUUUGUUGGAUGAUAUAUGGAUAUUAUAGGGAGAAGUUACGUGGUAAUCACUUCUGGGAAGUGAAGGGGUAAGGUUCAUAUAGCAAAGUGUGAGUUGGUUGUGGUGAUCAAUCUCCAUACUUAGGACAUCACCCUUAAGUGCUCGGCUCGUUUGUUUUUAUUUUAGGUAUUGUAUUCUUACAGUAUUGGAUUUGUUUAUAUUUUCGUUGGUUUGAUAUUUUCUGGCGGGCUUGGACCAGCAUUCAAAUUUUGUGCACAGGUGAGAGGAAAGUAAGUAAUGAAUUGUUAAUGUGGCUUUUGGUCUCACAUAUUCAAUUACUGAUUUUAGACUGUAUUUUAUGGAAAAUCUGGAGAUGUGGUGGGCCUGCAUGUUCAGUUAGGAGGACGUUCGUCCUCUCUCUGCGUUUUUCAGAGGGACUGAUGCAAACGCGAGAAACGAGACAAGCACGAGAUGAGAAACGCGAAAAAAAAACGCAUUUCGUUUUCGUGCUCCUCAUCUCGCGCAUGUCUCGCCUCGCGUGUUCCUCCUCUCAACUGUCAAACGCAAAAAAAUUUGAUGCCUGUUCUGUACGCUACAUUUUGAUCGGUUCGAUGGUGCGUGUGGUAAGCGCCAAAACGUAGCGCACGAUUUGCAAAAUGAUUAACCAAAAUAAAAAAAAGAUUUUUCAGGGUUGUGUAUCGGUAGCUGAAUGACGAAAACUUAAUUUUUGAGUUUUAUAUUUUUAUUUAUUUAUUUAUUUUGUAGAAUCCGUUCCAAGCCUACGGAUUAUCAUUCCUCUUCUCGAUCUCUGGAUAUCUAGGAAUAACAUUUGUCUUAACUCUUAUAAAAGCGUUCGGUGCUCUUCUCGCUGUUACAGGUAAACAUCAAAUGAAGAGCUUGCUAUUCAUCUUUUAAAACAACCCAACGAUAUUUAAUACCGAUUUAAUUCUCGUGCGCGAUAAAUCCUUACAAGGUGAUUCGUUCUUUUUCAGUGACGACUGGCCGGAAAGCUGUGACGAUGGUAUUAUCUUUCAUAUUCUUCGCAAAACCAUUCACGAUUCAGUAAGUGUGCUGGCAGGAAACCUUAACUGAGCUCUAUGAUUUCUUGACAAACACGGUUUUUCAAUUUUUCAUGAAUAACUUCGUAUGUUAAACCAAACGCACCUUGUCACAUGCGAUUCUAUCGCUUGACACGGACCAGACGCGUUUUCCCGCGCUUUUCGACGGUCACGUGUACUGACUUUUAAUCCUUAUUGGUUGUUUUUUUUCCUCUUAUUGUGAUUGGUCGUUGUAAUUCCUCUAACGGUAGUUACCUUGUCUAUCUUUGCAGCUACGUUUGGUCUGGUUUCAUAGUUCUUCUUGGGAUUUUUCUGAAUGUUUAUAGUAAAAAUGAAACACGAAUCAACGCAUGGCUUGCUCAAAAUGGAUCGCAGUAUUUAAAGUUGUUCUUACGAAGACAAAAGGGAACUCCUUUUAUGGAAAACGUUUGAUAUGAGAUGAGAAGUCUAUUUAUCAUGGCGCAAGGGAGUUAUGCCAGGAUAUUGAGAUGUCUUUUUGCGAUGUGGAAAAAUUUCCUGAAACUGGAAAGAUAUUACAAAAUAUUAGUUGGUGAGAUAGAAAAGUACAGAAGAGGCAAGAGUGAACAACGGGGGAAUAAGGAUUGUUUAGGAUGGAGAAGAUUUAGACGGAUUGAAGAUUAUGAACUUGAAAAUUUCAGGGCAAAUAUUUCAAGAUGCGUAAACUAUGAACUUGUCUCAAAAGGGGUUGUCUCUAUUAAAGAAAAUAUCUCGCUGAGGUAGAGAGUUUUCGAAAGUCUCGAUAUCUCUCCACAGAGUGCUCUGCAUAUUUUGCUCUGCUUCUGACAGUCAAAGCUUUUCCAUUUCCUCGCCUGUAGACUGCUAGGAAUCUGCUUCUCUCUUGAUGAAUGGAGCGAGAGAUUAAGUCGAGGAAAGAUUGGGCACCAGGCCUUAGUUGUUCAAACGGUGGAUAUAACGCUAUCUACUGGUUAAAUUACCAUCCAGUGGAUAGCAUGCUUUGUUUUGUAAACGCUUAGCCGCUGAAUGGUUUUAUCCAGCCUUAAAACAAGCUGGGCCAGAUCGACUAGAGAGGCUGUUUCGCGACCCAAUCUUUUCUCGUUCAAACGUCAGUUGUCAAUUUGCCUAUCGUCGGUGCUUUUGGGUUCAUACGAUGAUAGACAGACAACAAGUUCACUUCUAGCUUAGGUGAAGGAUGUAAAAUUUACGCUUUUAUAAAGGUGUUUGCUUGAAAAUUAGUUUUAAAUAUUAAAGCGACGCAAAUAUUGGAUCACUUAUCUCAUCUGAGCAAUUGCGCACCUACCCCUUCCCUAAACCAACUUCAAUUCUAACCAGUUGUCAGUUUACUGUUGUUGGGGGGAGGAGGGUGGGGGUGUAGGUGCGUAGUUGCUCAGAUACUGACAGCGGUUUGAAGUCUUUACAUGAAAAUUGGGAAAAACUAAUCAUUUGAAACAUCGUAAAUUAUGGUUUUGAAAAGAGGGCUGUGACGUGAUAAAUCUUUAUUUAUUACAUCAUGUUUUUUGGAUUUGUUCAUGAAGUUCACCUUUUGAACUUGUCACGAAAAGCUAUUUCCUCCAAAAAAAAUGAAAUAUCGAGAGAGAGGCCUUAAUCUCUUCGCUCUCAUCGGGAAAAUCAAAUCAGAAAAUUUGUAUGAUAUGAUAUAUAUAUAUAUAGAUUAUUUCAUGGGGAGGGUACGCGUACGGUAUUUUCGCACGAGUUAGUAUUUUCGCUCAAAAUAGUAAACUAAGAGAUGCGACUAUUUUUUCAUUAUAGGGAAAUAUUUAGUUGAAAGAUUUAAGUACUUUGAUAUAUGAACGAUAUUCUUUGUCCCUGCGUAAUACUUUCAUGGUACUAAUGAUUUUCCUUCUCCAUCUCUGCUUUCUUUGGUGGAAAGCAUUUAUGAUCGGUUGUAUCGUGGGAAGUAAUGAGUUUUAUGUGUGUUUUUUUAGGGUGGUUUUACCCCCCUUGUGUCCUUUGCUGUAUGAAAAAAUAAAGGCGGAAAUUUAAUUUGAAAUAAG